GCAGUUAAACAUUCAUAAAUUCAAGGGCAGGCUCAGUGGUAGGGGUGUUGCUGAGUGAGGUACAAAGGUAGCUUUCUUUGAGAGGAACACCUGCAGGACUCACACAGAAACAAGGAAAUGGAAUAUGAGCAAAUGUUCAACAGCAGGCUAACUGGGCAUUAAGAACAACGACUGCCAUGGGGAACAAUGUCACAAAAACAAUAGACAAGUGGGGGUUAAAUCCAAGAAAACUUUCAUUGAAGCGAGCGAAGGAAAGAAAAGGUCCGCCUAUGGUUCCCCCCCAUCAGGCUCCUGUAUACUACCCUCAUUUAUAUGACUCUGUGACAGCCGAACCACAGUACGCUCAGGUCAAUAAAAGACGAAAGCAGGAUGCUGAGGGUUUACACUACGCUGACAUUCAAGUCCUACAGUCCAAAAGUUCUACCAGCAAACGAAAACAGACGAUGAACAAUCACAGUACCACACAGUAUGCAACUAUAGACUUUAAAACACCUGUGAACACACACACACCAGAUGAGCCAGCAGAUCUGUUCAUCCCACCUGGAGAACUAAAGAGACCAAAUAUGAGGGCCUCUCGCAAAUAGAAUGACUAGUCAACGUGGGCAGUUAACUGUUUAAAAAUAGUCAUUAAAAUGAUAAAAUGUGUCAGUUGGCAUGUUUUAACUUUAUAUUUAUUCUGAAAAAUAUGAUGAUCUGUCACCAUGUGCUCUUGAGCAAGGCACUGCAAUGCAGUUUGUGUUCUGUAAGUAACUUUGAUUUAAAAACUAACAGGCAUUUGGAAAGCAAAUGAGAUUUACAUUUACAAGCAAGUGCAAUAAAGAGAUUUUUCUUUUUUUCUUUUGAAAUAUUUAUGUAUGUGGAACU